AUGUCUCUGGUUCCCAAAUCCAACUCUCAACUGCCACUAUUCGGUGCAAUCUCCAGGAAGUCAUCUGGAUCAAAACAUGGAGAUUCCAAACCGGCUCCUUCUCGGAUGUUGAAGAAAUUGAAUAAGGAUGACUUGAAAACCGUACGUUCACAUACAGAGUUGGCCAAAACUGCCAACGGUGUGAGAAUGCUAACGAAAAACCUCGCCAUGGCCACAAUCCAGCUCCAUGUGAGAGCAAUCAUGAUCGUCACCAAGGCUCGUGAUAACUCAUUGAUUUAUUUGACGCGAGAGAUUGUCGAAUGGAUCUUGAACAGACCAGAUGACAUCACCAUAUACGUGGACUACAACUUGCGGAAACUGAAAAGAUUUGAUGUUCCAACCAUUAUCGAAAAUCAUGAAAAAGCUCAACAUCUCUUGAAGUUCUGGAAAAAAGAUCACGCUGCACAACAUCCGGAAGACUUCGACUUGGUGGUGACGCUUGGAGGUGAUGGUACCGUCCUCUAUGUACUGAAUCUCUUCCAGAGAGUGGUUCCGCCAGUGAUGUCAUUUGCACUUGGAUCGCUUGGCUUUCUCACCAAUUUCCGUUUCGAACAGUUCCGGAAGAGAAUGACCUCCGUACUUGACACUGGAGUCAAGGCAUAUAUGAGAAUGAGAUUCACAUGUCGAGUCCACGACAGCCACGGGAAGCUUAUUUGCGAGCAGCAGGUUCUCAAUGAGUUGGUGGUGGAUCGUGGACCAAGUCCAUAUGUUACAAACUUGGAGCUUUACGGCGAUGGUUCACUUCUUACUGUUGCACAAGCAGAUGGGUUGAUUAUCGCUACUCCUACAGGGUCUACGGCAUACUCGCUUUCUGCUGGAGGUUCGUUGGUACAUCCUGGAGUCAGUGCUAUCAGUGUGACUCCAAUUUGUCCACAUACGCUCUCGUUCAGACCGAUUUUGUUACCAGACGGAAUGUUCUUGAAGGUGAAAGUACCAUCUGUCAGUCGGGCCACCGCAUGGGCAUCAUUUGAUGGAAAGGUACGCACUGAGCUUAGAAAGGGUUACUAUGUAACGGUGCAAGCCAGCCCUUUCCCAUUCCCCACAGUUCGUUCGUCCAAGACUGAAUACUUUGACUCUGUGAGUCGCAACUUGAACUGGAAUGCUAGAGAACAGCAGAAACCUUUCAGCCACUUCUUGACCGGAACCACUAAGUCUGCAUUUGAGCUGUCUCAUAAUGGCGAUGAGCUCGAACGGAAGUUGGCCGAUUUACACGUCGAGGAGGACUUCGACAUUGACUACAGUGACAAGUCAGACACAUCCAGUGAAGCCUGUUUAGACCACGAUGAUGCAGUAUGUUUGGACUAUGAUCAUGUGGGGCCAUUCAUUCCACUGCCAGGAAGCGGAAUCAACACUCCACCGAACCAUUACAGUCAUAUUGAUAACCGGACGUGUUAUGCGCAUCCGAAUGCUGUUAUUCUGCUUCUUGGUGACUCUAGUAACUCAGACGAGACGGAGACAGAUAGCCUGUCGCGGUUGGAAAUGUAG